GUUUGUCUGUGAUAAAACAUUAUCAAGCGAAAUGCAACGUAUGAUGGCAUAGCGAAUGUCCUACCUCAACAUAGCACAGUGAUUCUGUACCUCAACAGGAACGAUAAACUUGUAUGAUAUCCAAUCUCAUCGUACUAUGUAACUAGCCCAUGUUAUUGUCCUCUGAAGUUCGUAUCGAGUAAAGUUGAUAAGCAGCGUUCCGUCAGUCAACUAAACAGGAUAACACGAUGCACGUUCAUCCAGCGAGUUAAAUAUCAUGUCAAGUUGUUGCCGAGCCAUCUCUCAUCAGGUUUUUGUUACACCUUCAGCUCUGGCAUACAGCAGCAUUUGCAGCGGCACUCGUCGCGUUUCGAUUCCGUUUGGUUUGUUUUUGUUUAGUUUUAAUUCCAAUCUCAUGCGUCUACAAUUGCAUCACAAUCUAUCUCCCAUGCAAUACGUUAUUGGGGGCUUUCCUGGCCGUUGGCUUAUUGAAAGCUGCAGUAUACAUGUGAUGUGAGACUCAGCUUGUUGGUACAUUAUCCGCUUGUAGAGAUAGACUGCGACUGUUUUUAUCAUACUCAAUUCAUGAGAUUAGGAAGAGGUUCAGGUUCCAUUUGGAUCGGUGUGAUUCGCAUGGUAAGCAUUGUAUUCCUCGAAGUUUCGAACGUAUGCUUCUAGGGUAAUUAUUUCCAUCGCAAGGAUUCGAAAAGGGUGGUCUAAUCUGGAUGCCCAUGCUACAGUUUCAUGCUUUUUGUGAGGAAUUCAAACACAGCUGUUGAGAAUGAAUCUGUUAGUGCCAAAAUCUGUGAUAAAAAAAACCAUACAUUUGGCAUAUCUGUGGCCAUUUGCAACAAAGUGAUCCAUUGUGGACCACCCUUUCUUAUGUUGCAUAUUCAUUGGAUAAAUGGUUUCAACUUAGUUUGUGCGAUUAACGCCACAGUCAACGUCCGCUUAUAUCAUUCCAACAAAAGGAUUAGAUCUGUCUGUCUUAUGGGCUAUUGGCGUCCCUACAUUAAGCGGGUUCUUCUAAAAGGAAUCAUCUAUUCUUCGGGAAGCUUUUCUGCACUAGAGCUAUAAAAGUUGCUCUAAUUGUGGCUAUGUCUCAUUAAGUGUUUUGUGUUGAAGCUGAAAGGACGAGCAUUCUUGCUAAGGGUGUGAAAAUGCGGUUUCAUUGUGCGACGCUGAUGCUUCCAAAAGCAUUUCUCAUAAGCUUUGUCAUAACAGGAUGCAUAGAUUGCGUUCGAGCUGGUCGAGUUCGUGCUGACAAAAAGGAAGCUGAUAACCAAUAUUUUCACCUCAAUUCUCAGUCUGACACCUAUCACUUUGGCUACCAAGUGAACCCAGACGGCAACUUUCACCAUGAGCGUCGCGACCAGGAAGGCGUAACUUACGGUUGUUACGGCUACAUCAACUCCAGUGGAAAGCUUUUCGUGACCCAUUAUGUAGCAGAUCGAAGAGGCUACCGCGUAGUGGAACCCAAUAAACCCCUCUACGUGUACUUGACCGAUCGCAUAUCGUGGCAAGCGUUUCUUCUUCCCAAAGGAUGUGGACGACCUUCUGCGUCAAAUUCAAAUCAACCUGGACCGGAGCUCAUUUACAAACCCCAGAGUGCCGUCAGUACGACAACCAAGCGACCCACAACGACUAACUCGAUGAGCACCACAACCAGGAACCCUUCUCCUGUAUGUCCGUGCUCACAAACAACCACGAAGAAGCCAUCGCCAGCCACGGUUCUCACGCCCAAGCCUCCAUCAACAACUACCAUGCGGUCUACAACGGUAUCAAAAACAACUCCUUCCACUACUAGUUAUACUAGUACUACACCUAUUCCAUCUACGUUGCCUCCAUCAAAGCCAGUGCCUACCCUCAUAGAUGUAGACGCGGAUGUUAACAUUUUGAAUCUACCAAAAUCGAACGUUUCUACAUCCGAUGACUUCAUCAACGAUAAGGCACACUCGGAAACGAACGCUACAGCUCCUUAUUUCUACUACGUUCCCUACAAACAUCACCUAGCGCCACCUCCGGGCGUUCCAUCGACUGCACCCCCAGGAAGUUGCAACUCCCACUACGGUCACCUUGGAUUGGCACCGGUAAUUUUCGUUCCGAUUAAUGCGGCCAAAUCUCUAGGGCUGGUAGCGGAAGCUGACGGGAUUCCUCUACGAAUGUUCGCUAAUGACAGCGGUGGAAAUUUGACUCUUACGGAAGUGCUGGACGAGGAGGGCACAGUGAUAAAGUUGGAUUAUUCCAAUAACGUGUUCCAGGGAAUUGUGAACGGUGGCGAUUUCGAUUCAUUGAAGUAUGCAAAUAAACUGUGAUAUGGCUUAUAAAAUUUCGUUGGGAUGGAGCGCAUCCCAAUGCACUCCAAGAUUUUCAACAGAUAGUUGUUAAGCAAAAACAAUUUACAGACUUAGAUAGUUGAUAGAAUAAAAACAUUAAUCCACGAAAGUGUUCGUUUUGCUCCGAUACCUUUUUACCAGCUAUGUUUUCAUCCCAUUUUUCUAACUCUGGGUAAUAAAAAAGCAAGUAAAAACUGAGGGAUAUUGAAAUCUAUUGUCAUUCCAUUGUAUUAUAAUAAACAUUUGCUAAAUGUGUCCAUUAUGCCAUUAUUCCCCCUUCUACUGUUAUCUAUAGAAAUUCUGUUCGGAUUUUCUUCCGGUCUUCACCAUUUGUAUCUCAAAAAGUUUUUUUUUUUUAUUUUUUUAAUUUAAAAUUUUAUUUAAUUUAAUUUUUUUAAUUUUUUCUUUAAAACUGCGAACCGUUUGCGCGAUAGAGUCCCAUGGUCUCCAAUCACAACAUUUGAAAAUACUAUUUAGCAAUCGGUGAAAAAUAUUUGCCAUUCGUGCCUUUGUGGUUGGUUUUCAGAUUUCGUCAUAUCAUUUGAGGCAAUGAUACACGACAGAAUGACAGAAUGGAACGCGAAUUUGAUUGAUGGAUCAUUCUCUUUAUUCAUUUUACGACAAAGUGGUGUGGUACCCCGCUUUUCAAACCUUGUUCCAUUAUUUCACAUGAACCAGCCGUUACCAGUACCGAGAAUGCUUUUCACACAUUUUUGGCCACGGCUUACCGUACAAUUUCACGUUCGGUAAUGAAUGGCGCUAUUUUUAACCCAAAAACGAAAACACCUGAUGUGAUUUUUAUUGCUCGCGGUGGGAUCCGCAAAUUGCCUCUUAUAUUUAUUCUGAACAAAGUUCUCUCUCUUGCUAUAAUUUCCAUACAUCACUUAAUUUCCGCUCGUACGUCAAUAUAAUUUAAAUAUCAAAUAGUUACCACAGUCUAGCGAUGACGGCGGCGAUACAGUUUCGUCGUUCGUCAUCUUAA